AUGCCAACAGAAGAUAUGGGUGGUUUCACUUUUGCACAGGGUCUCAUCCUGAUCGUAACUGCUUCCAUGUUCGCACCUAGUAUGGCCAACAAGGAUUGGCCUCACAAAGGUGGUUCCCAUCAUCCAAACAAGAUCAUCGUUGGCGGCUCGGAAGGCUGGCGCUUCAACUUUAGCUACACUGAUUGGGCUAUCAAAAAUGGCCCCGUUUACCUAAACGAUACUUUGGUUUUCAAGUAUGAUCCGCCAACAGACAAUACCACAAUUCCUCACAAUGUAUACUUGCUACCAAACCACUGGAGCUUCUUAAACUGCAAUUUUACAGGAGCCCAGAUUUUGGCCGACGUGACACAAGGUGGCGGGGAUGGCUUCGCGUUCGUGCUGAAAGAGUGGAAGCCUCACUACUUUGCUUGUGGUGUGCACGAUGGGGCUCAUUGCAGCUUUGGACAGAUGAAGUUCUUUGUGGUGCCAUUCCCCGUUGGUUCAAAUGAUUAA